AUGGCGUUCGGUGACGAUGCUAUGGGCAUAACACAGAUUAAGGAGUGGUUCAAUCGGUUUAAAAACGGUCGCACAUCGGCGGAGAGCGAGCCACGCUCUGGUCGGCCAUCAAUAUGCCAACAUGAGGAUGUCAUUGCCAAAGUGAACGCUGUGGUGAUGCGGGACCCCCGUGUGACUACCCGAGAAAAUGCAGAAGAGGUAUAUUUCAGUACUUUUUCGGCUCACUCCAUUGUGACCCAAGAUUUGGCCAUGAAAAGAGUGGCGGAUAAAGUUGUGCCGAAGCUGCUGACGGCGGAGCAAAAGGAACUUUGUGUUGAAGUCUCACUGGACAUGCUGGACUCCAUAAACAAUGAUCCUGACUUCAUAAACACCAUUAUCACUGGUGAUGUCUCCUGGGUGUACGGGUACGACCUGGAAACCAAAAUGCAGCCGUCACAGUGGAAGCAUUUCACGUCACCAAGACGCAUUCAAAGACCGACAAGAGCACUAAAUAAAAUGUUACGUUCACACUGCUUGACAGCAACUGACGCUAGCGACAGCCGGGAAAAAUGCACACAUGUGCAGAAAGGUUACAGGUCUGCUAAUGCAAGCGCGCGUAAUUAA